AUGUGGUCGAAAUCUUUUAUCAGUGAAUAUACAACAUUUGAUGCUCAAUAUGCUAUUGAAUUGCUUCAUUCACUUGGUUCAGUAUUUGAUAAUAAUUAUUCAACAAAUGAAAAUCUUCGAAAUGUCAUGAUCGAAUUAGCUAAACGAGAUAAUAAAUGUUUUUAUCAAUUGGCAUUACAUGUUUAUAAAAAACUUCAAAGAAAUAAUUCAUUUGAUUUAACAACUGUUUUUAAUGAUGAAGAAUUCAAUGCUAUCUACGAUUUUCGUAAGAGAGAUGAAGAAAACCCAGACAAAACUCAAUUAUAUGACGUGGCUGCUGUUCAUGUUACUCCAACUUCAAUACGUAUUAUGCCAUUAGAACCAACACAAGGACAUCGUGCUCUUCGACAUAAAGCUUUCAAUGGUAUUAAUGAUUUUUGUCUUGUAUACUUGAAACCAGAUCCACCAGCUAAAUAUGUUAAUAAAUGUAAUCAAUUCAAAAAUGUUUUUGAAUCAGGCAUUGAAAUUUGCAAUAAUCGUUACCAUUUUCUUGGUGUAUCGAAUUCUCAAUUACGUGAACAUAGUUAUUGGUUUAUAAGAGCAACAUCUCUAACAGAAGCUCAUCAAAAACGACAAAAAUUAGUUAAUUGUAAUGGCAUCACUAAUAUUGGCAAAUAUGUAGCACGAUUAGGUCUAUGGUUUACUAAGAGUAAUCCGACUGGAAUUAAACUUACAUACAUUUCGGAUAAACAAGAAUUCAAUUCAAGAGUUGAACAAGGAGAUAUGUGUGUAACAGAGAUAGAUGAUAUAAAACGAAAUGAUUAUUAUUUCACAGAUGGAAAUGGAUUGAUGUCCAAAGGUUUGGCAAGAAUAAUUGCUGAACGACUUGAUUAUCUUGUUAAAUACGAACAGAAUGAAUUAUAUCCCUCUGCUUAUCAAAUUCGAAUGGCUGGUUGUAAAGGUGUUGUUAUUAUCGAUCCUGAAUCGACUUUAAAUCAAUUCUACAUUAAAAUUCGUCCAUCAAUGAAUAAAUUCGACUAUGAUGAAUGGGAUUUAGAUAUAUGCGAAGAAAGUCGACCGAUUCCAACUCGACUUAACAAUCAAAUCAUUAUACUAUUGUCGGAUCUUGGCAUACCCAACUCGGUAUUUCUUGAACUACAAGAUAAAUGGUUCAUGAAUAAAAAACAACCACCACAUAAUAAACAAAAUCUUCUUAAAAACAAGUUACCUUUACCUGUGAAUGAAUGUCGAUAUAUGUUUGGGUGUACAUUAGAAUCAAAACUUGAGUCAGGACAAUGUUUUAUUAGGUAUCAAGUUGUUGAUGUUGAUGGAAAACCACUUAAGAAUCCAGAAUUUAAAACAGUUGUCGGACCAGUUAUUAUUACAAAAAAUCCUUGUCCGUAUGCCGGCGAUAUUAUGCAAUUGGAAGCUGUCGAUUUACCUGAACUUGAUUGUCUCAAAGAUGUAAUUGUCUUUUCGACUAAAGGCAAUCGACCAGAUUGUAAUAAAAUUGCUGGAUCUGAUCUUGAUGGUGAUCAAUACUUUGUUUAUUGGGGCCAACAAUUACAACUUUCUGAAACAAUUGAACCUCUUGAAUAUAAAACACAAUCACCAAGUGUUAAUUCGACAUGUAUUACUUCUAAUGAUGUUAUAAACUAUUGUCUGUCUUUGUUGGGUGCUACAAGUUAUGGUGAAAUUUAUAAUUUACAUGCUAUUGUUGUUGAUAAAAACCAAGAAAAUCAUGCAAAACGUACAUGUCAGAAAUUAGCUAUUGAAAUGGCAGAGAUGUUUUCUGCUGCUAUCGAUUCUGGUAAAACAGGAUAUCAAAUAAAUAAAGAUCGUAUACUAGAAAUUCGAAAAAUUGUUGGUAAUAUAUAUCCAGAUUUUCUAAUGAAAAAACCUUCCUAUCAAUCUCAAUCAAUUUUGGGUAUACUUUAUCGUAAGGCACUUGAUUUCAAAAAUCAAAAUCCAAAAUUAUUCGAAGGUCAAGAGAUGGAUGACUCAAGAAAUCCUUCUACUAAAUGUAACGGAAAGAAUUUUCGUUUUUAUGUGAAAGUUCGUACUGCAUUAAAUGUUGAUCCACACAUCAUUUAUCAAGAAUUAUAUUCGAUCUUUGGUAAUAAUGUCCCACCUAAAAUUAUAAUUGAACAAUGGUCUGAUUCUUAUAAAAAAAAGGACGCAAAUGCUACACUAUUGAUGGAAUCAUCAACUAAUGCAUCAGUUGAAGAUACAACAGAAGUUUCUUCACUUAUUGAUACUAAUCUACAUAUCACAAUUGAUGAAACACAAGAAAAUUUUAAUGUGAAUUCUGAUACAAACGAAUAA